AUGCACGAUCGAUCCGCAGCGCCUUUUCACCAGAGUUGCCACGGACAAGCCACCAAUUUCCAGUUCCAGGCUGGGUCGCAUCGCACCUACAUUCAUAGCGGCGACGUGUUGAUCGAUCUGGCAUCGCAGAACUCAUCCAAUUCAAACCUCAAGCUCAUAUCCAAAUGCUCUCUUCAUCUUCGGAUGAGGAAGAGAUUACGUGAACGUCUUCGCUACGCAUCUCGUGGUGGUCGAGAUAGCAAGUUUGCAGCAAAGGAGGAGAACAACACAUGGCAACACAGCAAGAGUCGCCGGCAGUCAGAGCACGCCAUAUUACAGACCAGCGUAUCAAAUACUAAGUCGAAAAAAUCGUCUCCCUUGGAGCGUCGGAGAAGAUCCCACCGACCAAAGUCACCAGAGCCGACUUCGUCAUCUUCUAGUGACGAUGAAGCUAAAGCAGAGAGCUCAUGUACUUCGUCUCUGCCGCCACAAAUUAAUCCUUCUCACAAGCUACGUGAAGCCGUCGAAAGGGCACUAGGCCAAGAGGCUUCCCAACCUGGUACAUCUAAGUCUUCGGCGUAUGGAUGGGCACUACCAAAAAUAGUUGAGCCGCCGAUCGAUGAGAGUAUUAGUAAGAUAUCGCUGCCGUACGAUCUAGAGUUGAGGCAAAGUCCUAACAGUGGUCGGAAUUCGACAUUGAAGUUUUGGAGCCUUGCGAUCGCUGCGCUUUUGGGCAAAGCUAAUCAACGGUUGAAACUGUUGCGCGAUCGUUAUGGCGCAGAACCACCUGUGCCAAAAAAGCAUGUGCGCUUGUGCGGUGAUGAGCUUUAUGACGACUAUAUAGAACAACGUCCAAAUGCAGCCCGUCUGCUCGAAGCGUAUCUCAAUCGUCCGAGGGCACAUACUCCACGAAGUCCCAGUAGCCAAAGUAGCUCUGCUUCUUCAAUGGCUUCCAUAUUCGACGCUUCGAGUAGAGUCUCUACGCUUACGACUCCUUCGUCCACGUAUGGAGGAUGGGCAUCAUGGGGCAAGCGCUCCGACACGUCGAGGUAUAGCCCAACUCGCAUACGACCGAACAAUCCGUUUAGUGUUCGAAUGCCAACCCAGGUUGAGGAAUCUACACCCAAGGUCGUGCAUAUCGACGUAAACGAGGGACGCAUCAGAAGUGACAAGGACCUUGCCCUUGCGCUGCGAGAGCACUACGAUCAACUUAACAACCAUUGGUAUAGUUGGGCGCGUCUACGUGGUCUUACGACAAUCGAAUUCGUCCAGUUUGAGGUACAUCGCAAUCGCUUUGCAGAUAUUCGGGCCACUCCGUCUAUGCCUCCCAAAUCGGCGAGUUCGUCCAGCAACUCACCGGGUCCAGAGAAGUAUCAGUCUCCAUCCCAACACCCGUAUACGUUUGAGCCAAAUGACCUUCUUCCACCUGUGGGCAGUACUUACCUCCUCCACUUGUUCCAGCACCCAGCCGACUACUCUACGAUGGCGAGCUCAUCACAUAUGCGCGGUGUCCAAAAAGGCGGCAGCGACUAG